AUGAACCCGAAGCCGCCGGUCCAGUACCCCCGCUGCGACCCGACGCUGGCCGCGACCCGCCGUCACUUCUCGGAUCUGAUGGAACGCUACGGCCAGCCCGUGUGCGUCGUCAACCUGAUGAAGGCGCAGAAGGCGGACUCGUGCGAGGCGAGGCUCGGGAAGCACUUCGAGGCUGCCCUGGAGCGCAUGAACCGGGAGCUUCCGUCCAGCUCCAGGAUCUUGUACAGGUCUUUUGACAUGAAGCACCACUCCAAGAACAGCAACCUUGACCAGAUGCACGGGCGCCUUGCCGACUCCGUCGUACAGCGCGUGGGUUUCUUCCACACCUGCAGCGGGCUUUGGGGGCCACCAGAGAGGAUCCAGAGUGGAAUCGUGCGCACAAACUGCGUGGAUUGCCUGGACCGCACGAACGUCUUCCAGUUCUUCGUCGGGCUCGAGGCUCUCAAGCAGCAGCUCGCCGCGCUGAACCUCCUCCCUGAGCCCUGCCUGGACAGCAGCUCGCACGCUUCUGGCGUGGUCAUAGUCCUGAGAGAGCUGUACGACUUGAUGGGGGAUCACCUGGCACUGCAGUACGCUGGCUCCGUGGCGCACAAGAAGUACCAGCUGCUCGGGAGCCGCCCGCGCAUGAUGCAUCAGGGGAAGGAAUGGCUCAUAUCCCUCAACCGCCACUACAGCAACGUGAAGACAGAUGCCGAGAGGCAGUCUUCAAUCAACCUGUUGCUCGGCCUCUACCAGCCCCGGGUGUACCCCCACCUCUCGUCGCAGCACGACUGCGACUCGUGGCUGCACCACCAGGUGCUCCGCGACAACUUCAGCCCUGGGUCGUGGUGGGAGGCGGCGCUGCGGGUCCAUGAGCAGGAUGUGUCCGGCCUCAUGCUCCAAGCGGUCCCGGCCUCGCUGUCCCAGGGCGAGUCUCUCUUUCGCCGGGUCCACGGAGUCUGGAAGCUGACGCAGUUCGAGAAGCUGCUCUCGCGCCUGGAGGACUGGGGCACCAACGUGCAGAUCAACGGGUCCCGGCAGCUCUCCACGCUGCGCCCCUACCGGGCGAUCCUGGAGCGCGGGGGGCCGCGGCCCAGGCGCUGUGCGCUGGCGCCCAGCGGGGCUGCGGAGGCGCUGGUGGCACCAGUGGAGCCGUCGGACGAGGAGGUGUACUCCUCCUACGCCAGCGACUGCCAGUGGAUCUGGUCCAAGGGUCUGGCCCGUGCGGGCGCAGGCCUGCGCCUGCCAGAGGCCGACUUCCGGCUGGCGCGGCGCGAGGAGGCUGCGGCCUCCCAGUGGCGCAGCGACGAGUGUUGCGGCGGUCCCCUCGGCCACCUCCUCGAGAGCCUCCUGCGGCGCUACACGGAGCCCAAAGCCAGGAGGUCCUCCAGGAUGGAGAAGGCAAGCAAGCUGGAGCGCGAGGAGCUGCGCCACAUCGUGGCGACGUACAGGGUGUUGUUCCAAGACCGUCGUCUCACGCCUCCACCGCGGGCGUCCUGGUCGACGACGCGGAGGAGGGCAGGCGGCCCGACGCGACCCUGGAGUCCUUCCUGUGCCUGGACGAGCGGCCCCGGA